UGUGCCGUACAAAUAUCUAAUCUAGCAGCAGCAAUAGCCUCUACCAGAUCUUUCUGUCUUUCAUUCACAUCACUCAUCGCUAUAUCAUAUAUCAUGGGAAAUUGAAUCUCACCGUUGACGCUUUACUUUUUAGGGUUUCUCUCUCUCUCUCUCUCUCUCUCUCAAGGCUCGACAUUCUUCUUCGUACGGCUACCAACACUGACACACAUCACAAAUCUCAUCAUUCUCUCUGCUCUCCUCCUAGAUGGCUGGGAGAGACGAGAAUCGCAUAUUCGUAGGAGGGUUAGCGUGGGAGACCACUGAGAAACAGCUUGAAGAUGCUUUUACUCGCUACGGCAAAAUUCUUGAAUCUUUGGUCAUGGUGGACAGGGAUACUGGUCGUCCUCGUGGAUUUGGAUUCAUUACCUUUGCUGAUCGUCGAGCUAUGGAUGAAGCUAUUAGGGAUAUGGACGGCCGGGAGUUAGAUGGUCAGGUCAUCUCUGUUAACAAGGCUAAACCAAAAUUGGGUGGCCAAGGUCCAGGUUAUGACUAUGAUAGGGACCAUGUGUCUGGUGGUAGGGACAGUUACAGGGGUGGAGACAGAUCUGCAGGGCGUACUGAUUGCUUCAAGUGUGGCCGUCCAGGACAUUUUGCCCGUGAAUGUCCUUCAGAUAAUGGUGGUAGAGGUGGUCGGGUCUCGUCACAUUCAAGCUUUGGUGGAGCUGGAGGCCAUGGAGAUCGCUUUGGGGCAGACCGGUUUGAUGACCGUUAUGAUGGGGGGCGCUAUGGAGACAGGGACCGUAUCGAUAGCAGAGAUGACAGGUACGGGAACCGUGAUCGAUAUAGCCAUGAAAGAUACCCACCUGGUGGUGAUCGCUUUGCAGGUGAGAGGUAUAUGGAUCGGGCACCUCAAAAUGGGUAUGGCAAAGACAAAGGUUAUGACAGGGAUGGAGGCCUAAGAGGUGUUGGUGACAGGUAUGGAAGUGGACGUCCAGGCCGUUUUGACAGGGGAAGCUAUAGGGACAGGCUUGGUCCUUAUGAUCGCCCUAGAGGGAGUGGUCGUCCAGCUUACGAUCGUUACUGAGACAGGUUCUGUUUUUAAUUACCAGUGAUUUUCUGUUUACACCAGCUACUCAGGUUUUCUGAUUCGAAUGCAUUUGAUGGGGGCAGUUUGUAGUUGUGAGAUUGAUGGAUGCUACCUUAAAUAGUUCUCUUGCUUGCUUCUUGCUUUUAAGUAAUUUCAGGAUAUGAGAUUUUAAUGAAUGUAUGGAAGUCAUCAUCUAUGGCUAUUAUCA